AUCAUCUCUCUCUCUCCAUCUCUCCUUCUCUCUCACUCACUUUCUGGUUUCUUGACACAUUACUGAUUACUGUGCUCUUGAAGCUGACGCUUGCUCGCUUUGUGGGGACUCCACAAAACACAACACUCUCUCUCUCUUUCUCUCUCCCUUUCUCUGCCAAGAGCUUCCAAUGGCGACUGAACGGGUCAACAGGCCUCCAUCACUCCCUGAAUACCCCGAGAUGAUUCUGGAAGCGUUAGAUGCGUUGAAGCAGAAGGAAGGAGCGAACAAGUCUGCGAUUUCCAAGUACAUUGAAUCCAAGUAUGGAGGGUCGGAUGCGCACUCAAAGCUGCUGACUUUCCACCUGGAAAGAAUGAAGCAGAGCGGCGAUCUCAUUUUCGUGAAGAACAAUUACAUCAAGCCUGACCCGGACGCGCCGCCGAAGCGCGGCCGUGGCAGGCCGCCGAAGCCCAAAUCCCCGGUGGCUCCGGGGACCAUUUUUGCUCCUCCCAGGCCGCGUGGCCGUCCAAGAAAGGACCCCAAUGCGCCACCCACUCCCAAGAAGGCCAAGACGGCGGCUCCGGCUCCGUCCAAGACCGGCCGGCCACGUGGCCGGCCAAGGAAGGUGAAGGCACAGAAUGGAGCAGAAGGGAGCUAGAAAGGGUGCAUUGAUGAUUUCUUGAUGAUGGGGUGAUGGGUGAUGGGUGGUGGUGACUAUGUUGUGUCAUGUCAGUAGUUGUAGUAGUACUAGGAAGGAAGGAAGGGUGGUUGUUGUUGGUGGUUUUCUUGGGUGGUGACUUGUUUGUUUCUUUAUUGUUGUUUGUGUGAUUAGUUAUUAUGUCUUAGGGAAUUGUUGCAUCUGGAUUGGGGUGCAUGUCACUUGUUUAAUGCCUACUUGUUCCCAGAUUCACUGUAGACUGUGAUGCUAAUCAUGCAAUGUUUCCCAUUAUCUCUAAAAUGCACAAUUGCACUCCGUGUACUAGUA